AUGGAGACUGUUCUAGUGGUCGGAGCAACCGGAAACAUCAGCGUCUCAGCCGUCACCGGGGCUCUCCGCGCUGGGCGAAGAGUCCUCGCAGUUGUCCGGAACCAAGAAUCAGCGAACAAACUCGUUAAAUAUAUUGGGACCUCAGAGGGGAUUACCUUCGCCGUAGCCGACGUCCUUUCGGACACAGGCGUACGGGGCGUUGUUGACCAAGUCCGAGCGGGAAAACUGCCGGCUUUCCAGCAUGUGUACUCCUGUGUCGGGGGCGAAUAUACGACGACUCCCCUGCAGGAGAUCACCACCAGCAGGCUACGAUACAACUUCAAUGUCUCCUUCGAGGCCAAUUUCUCGAGCACCUGGACUCUUUGCACCGGGUCGCAGGGCGAUGUGGCAACCCACCCGAUUCCGGCCAUGACGCAGGGCGCCCUGUUCUCCAUGGCCACGGCCGCGUGCCGCGAGAACGCGAACACAAACGUCCGCUUCAACGAGGUCUACCUGAUGUUCCGCGUCGAAGUGGACGAAGUUGCUGCCCGGAAUGGGACCACGCGCGCCUCGGACUUUGCGCACGUCUAUGAGGGAAUCUUGGCCAAUUCUGAGAUCCGCAGUUCGCGCGUUCGGGUCGACACUGUUGAUGCUAUCAAGAAUCUGAAGUAUGAGAGGAAGUUCUGA